UGCUUGGGUUUGUGAGCAUGCGCAGUAGGGUCGAGCCGCUAAGUAUGGAUUUUUCCUCGGCUCGCCUGGCUAUCUUGAAGGUGCUGAAGGGUGCGCGUGCAGGGGAGGUGUCUCGACUGCUGCAUUGGAUCAAAACCACUAAUGACUUUGAUGAAUUUAAAUCCCAUAACGAUGAUGUUCUUCUCAGAAGUAUUGCUGAAGACCUUCGACAUUUUUUGCCCACUAAUGCAAUGCUUGCUUCUGAGCACUUUGCCAUUCAAAAACUGCAUCAGCAAACAAAACCCACUGUGCAUAUUGAUGCAUUCCUGUAUGAUGAUGACAUUAUUGAUACCUUAUGUGAAGAGGGAAAGAUGAGCAGAAAUUAUUGCCUAACUUGUGGUUCUCAUCAGACAGCACCAUUAGAGUUCAUUUCCCAUUCAUUUUCUCUCAUGGAACUGAAAUUCCUAUACCGGCAUGUUCUACCUGAUUUGACAGGGAAGAUGGUGGUUGACAUUGGCUCCAGGCUCGGUGCAGUGCUGUUUGGGGGCUACUUCUACAGCUCAGCAUCUCAGAUCUAUGGAGUUGAAAUGAAUGCAGAUUUUUGUCACCUGCAAGAAGUUAUUGUUGCCAAAUACCAGCUCAGUGAAAGAAUAAAGGUGCUUAAUGCAGACAUACGUACCCAGGCUUCGCUUCUUCAGAAGGCUGAUGUUGUUGUAAUGAACAAUGUCUUUGAAUACUUCCUUGACAAAGAGGAACAGGCCAGAUCCUGGGAGUUUAUCAAUCAAAAUAUAAAAAAGAAAGGAUCAUUAUUAGUCACAGUCCCUAGCCUUGGGGAAUCUUUAUCAGAUUUUCAGGUGGACAUUCAGCUCAGCCAAUGGGUAGAAGAAAUCCCAUUACUCUAUGAUGUAUUCUUGGAGGAAGAUGCUGAUAGAGAAGCACUGAAACAAAUUUACUUAUAUAAGAUUCUUUAAUAUAAAUACUUACACAAUCUAUAGAGUUGUGGCUCAUAUAGCAGUGUUUUAUUUCUUUUUUAAUGAGCAGAGUGUGGAGCCUACAGCCAUUUCUGGGGGUUAAAAUGGAAAGGCAGAGACGUGAUAUGUUCACCUGGUUAUAGUAAGAGAAUCUAGUUCCCUUUAGUGAGAAGUCCAUACUUAAAGAACAAAAAAUGCUGCUGUGCUAUUUUUUCUACAGAUUUUGUCCUUUUUAUUCUUAGAUGCUGAAUAUGAUGUUUAGUUUUGAUGGUAUUUAUGUUGGCUGUUGUUUAUGUCUACUUGCUUUUUUAUAUACUUCUUUGAUACUUUUGUUACCAAACUGUGUUAACACUUUGUAAGCCACUUUGAUAGUAUUCGUGCAAGGCAGUAUAUACAUUUUAAAAUAAAUACUGUGUACUCUAAAA